AUGUAUGCUCAAAGGAUACUUAGAUAUGGUCCAGCCUAUGCACCUACACCUCAUCCGAAGGGUACUUUAAGAAACUGUAUACUGGACCUUGAACGACUGCUACAAGGGAUGUCAGACAUACAAAAAGAAUACUAUAGGUGGUUAGCAUCAUGCAAACUUAAGAAAGGAAGAGAUUCAGUACAGAUCAUCCGUUUCAGAGAUGACCUUUCACGCACAGCUAAGUGGAUUCGCAAUAACAACCUUACUUUAAUCAGAGCAGAUAAAACCAAGGCUUUGGUGAUCAUGAGGAGGGAAACGUAUGAAAAGGGCCUUAGAGAAUAUAUUGAUGUCACCAGAUGCGUGGAGGCAGAAAACAACGCCAUAGACAAGAUACAAUCUAAGGUUAAACAAUUCUCUAACACAAAGUUAGCCUCAAGAUUAGGUAUACGGAAUAUUAUCAUGGAUGCACCUGAUACCCCUAAGUUAUUUGCAUUUGCAAAAACCCACAAACAGGGCCAAAAAUUAAGGCCGGUUGUUGAUAAGGCCAGAGCACCUACACGCAAAUUAGAGGCCUCGUUGCACAACAUCAUCGCUCCACAUUUAGAAGGAUACAGAUACACGAUCUCUAAUCCAACGGAGUUAGUGGAGCUACUAAAGGUCACUGAACAUCCUACUUAUAUCACGGUAAUGGAUUUCCGCACACUAUAUCCUUCAAUCGAGAUUCCGCCAUGUUUUUGCAGAGUCAGAGACUUACUGUUUAAGAUCUUACGCAAUGAGGAGUUCCAUCAACAGGUGUUAGAGUUGUCCCACCUGAUCUGUUACAGCUCGAUCUUUCAAUUCGGAGGAGUUACACAUAUGCAAGGUAAAGGGGUCCCCAUGGGAAGCUCUGUCUCAGGGGACAUGUGUGAGCUGGUAAUCAGACAAUUGGAGAAUGCAACACUACCGAAUUUCCAUCAAAACAUCAUAAUUUACAAACGAUACGUCGAUGAUAUCAUCAUACUCUGGAGGGGCUGCCCGAACAAUUCCCAGUUGUUGGACCAAAUGAACAACAACCCAUAUGGACUUACCGUGGAAGUCGAACAACACAGUGAUUCAUCGGUGCAUUUUCUCAAUGUGAAUAUUGAUUUUAGUAGACCGAUAAUACAAACCUCUGUGUAUCGCAAACCAUCAGACCAUCCCACAUAUAUUACGGCGGACUCUUGUGACCCUGUCCAAUAUAAGAUGGCGGCGUUUAGAGCCCUCGUUAAAAGAGCCUACUCACACUCUUCUACGCAAGAGGCUUUGGAACACGAACUACAAUUCCUGUGUAAAGUGGCUAAGCAUCAUGGCUACCACAACAUCGUACAAAAAAUGUCACAAAAGUUCGGUGGAAUGGUGGAAUUACCCCUUCUGAAAGGGGUAAUUCGCAACCGGUAA